UUUAAAUCUAUCAUCAUUUUCUCAUUGGUUGUCCUUAUUCUCUUAUACUCCAUUUUCGUUUAUCCCCAAUAUUUUCAAUUACAUCGCCAUCUUCCUCUAUCCUCUCACUCUUAUACUCAUUCUCUUCUAUCAUGAUUUUUUGUUUUUUUCAAUCAUCAUUUUUUAGCAUGAUUUUCUGCUUUUCCCAUUUUCAUAUAUCCUCGUUGUUUUAUAUGUCACUUUCCUCUACCCUUAUUCUCUUAUACCCCAUUCAUAUCAACUACAUCGCCACCUUCCCCUGUCCUCACUCUCAUAUCCCCAUUCUCAUCAUUCAAUAUAUCGCCCCUUCCUCUGUCCUCCUCCAACUAUAUCUCCAUGUCCCCGCUUCAGCUUCCUCCAGCUCCUCGGUUUAUAUCGACACCUCCCAUCGCCAUCCAAUCAUAACCUUCUCUUUAUCCACCCGUCGCUGCAUCCUUAUAUUCAUAUCCUGACCCUCCACUUCCCAGUCUGCUCUUGUAUGCCAUGCGGCCUGGCGGUGCGGGCCGAGAUCGGCACUGGCCGCAAUCGGGAGCCCCGAGCCCAUCCAUCCCGGCCUUAUUUAGAAACCUGCUGGCCGCUAGCUUUUCCUUCAAGAAGGGUUCGGAAACGUCGAAAAAAUAGGAAGUAAAAGAA